GGGUCGGAGAGAUCGACAGUUUAGCGAUGGCAGCCCCAGCAGAAUGCUUUUUGGUGUCCGGCUCCCCUGGCGUCGGUAAAACCACUCUAAUUGCUAGGGUUUUGGAGACACUCAGAAUUUCCAACCCCAAUUUAAAGAUUCAGGGUUUCUUUACCCGCGAGAUCAGACAAGGAGGCGAGAGGGUAGGGUUUGAGGUGGUUACGUUAGAUGGUCGUACUGCUCCACUUGCUUCUAUUCACAGUUCUAGUGCAGAGUCCAUUAGAUGGCCUACUGUGGGGAGAUACAAAGUCGACGUAGGAUCAUUUGAGUCUUUGGCUUUGCCUGAGUUACAGAUCAAAGAAGACACAGAUCUCUUUGUGAUUGAUGAAGUUGGUAAGAUGGAGCUGUUUAGUUCUUUGUUCUUCCCUACAGUCUUGCGAGUUUUGGAGUCUAACAAACCCUUUCUAGCUACCAUCCCGAUUCCAAAAGCUGGUCUAGAUAUUCCUGCAGUGGUGAGGUUGAAAAAUCAUCCGGGGGCGACUGUGUUUACUCUAACGACAAGCAACAGGGAUGCCAUGAAAGAUCGAAUAUAUACCGAGUUGACAGACAAGUUGGUUUAACCGUUUUCCCCCCCGGUGAACUAAUAAAAAAUGUAGUCAGUUUGUUUAUCAUAGAAACCACCUCCCAGAUCUGCAAAAUGAAAUUUGCAGCAGUCUAUUUUUAUUUGUUCCUUUUUCGGUGUGAUUUUGAGAUGAGACUGAAUAUUCUUUUUGUAAGUUUCUCGUUCUCUUAUAACUUUUAUCAUCUGUAUAUUGAUACGUAU